UACGGCAGCUGGGGAGCGCUGACAGUGCGUGCCGUUUAAACCACGUGACCGGAAGUAGGCGCGCGCGCGCUCUCUCUCUCUGCCUCUCUGACCCAAGAUGUCUGCGCCCGACGACGACACGUUUGCCGAGGAAGGAGGCGAGAUGGAGGAGCUGGCCGAGGCCGGCAGCGACGAGGACGAAGGAGUCGACAUGGAGGAGGAGGAAGGGGCGGCCGGGGAGGGAGGGAGGAAAGUCUACGUGCCCGGGAUCGAGCCGCUUCGGCCGGGAGAGCAGUUGGAGAUGGACCGCUCCGCCUACCGCAUGUACCACGAGUGUCAAACAGGUGCUCCGUGUCUGAGCUUCGACGUGCUGAGAGACGGAGGUGGAGAAAGCAGGGAGCAGUUCCCUCUGUCCAUGCUGCUGUGUGCGGGCACGCAGGCGGACACGGCGAUGAGCAACAGACUUCUUGUCAUACGUAUGCAUAACCUUCAUGGAACGGAGAAAGACAAAGAGGGUGAAGAAAGCAGUGAUGAGGAAAGCGAUGAAGACGAGGAGGAGGAUGGAGAUAAGAAGCCGCAGAUGGAGCUGGCCAUGAUGCCUCACUAUGGAGGGAUCAACAGAGUCCGAGCGACCCAACGUGGAGAGCAGUCAUUGGCUGCCGUCUGGUCAGACAAGGGGCAAGUAGAAAUAUUUGACCUCCAACCCCAGCUGGUAGCCGUGCACAGCUCUGCUGCUAUGGCCUCUUUCAUCAAACAGCAGAAGGAAGCCACCGCUCUCUUCAGCUUCUCCGGUCACAUGGCUGAAGGCUUCGCUGUGGAUUGGUCACCUACAGUACCCGGUCGUCUUGUCAGCGGAGACUGCAAAAAGAACAUCCAUGUGUGGGAGCCGCGAGAGGGAGGGACUUGGCAGAUUGACCAACGACCUUUCAGCUCCCACAGCAAGUCUGUCGAGGAUCUGCAGUGGUCGCCUACUGAAGCUACAGUUUUUGCAUCUUGUUCGGUGGAUCAGUCUAUUCGUGUCUGGGACAUCCGUGCCCCUCCCAACUCAAUGCUGUCAGCCGACGGCGCUCACUCGUCCGACAUCAACGUGAUCAGCUGGAACAGGAGCGAACCAUUCAUCCUGUCGGGAGGGGACGAUGGACUUCUGAAAGUAUGGGACCUUCGUCAGUUUAAGACUGGACGGCCCGUGGCCAAUUUCAAGCAGCACAGCGCGCCCAUCACGUCGGUGGAGUGGAGCCCCGUGGAUUCGAGCGUGUUCGCCGCCUCGGGGGCGGACGACGUGGUGAGCCAGUGGGAUCUGUCCGUGGAGUCGUGUGACGUGGGUGCCAGGGUGGAGGGGGUGAAGGACUUGCCCCCUCAGCUCCUCUUCCUACACCAGGGCCAGUCAGAGAUCAAGGAGAUCCACUGGCACCCGCAGAUGCCCGGUGUGAUGGUCUCCACGGCGCUGUCAGGAUUUAACGUGUUCAGGACAAUAUCUGUGUAGCAUGUGUGUAUGUGAGAGAUUUUUGCAUCGAUAUGAGUAGUAUAUAUUUAGUGAGUAAUGAGCAUUAGUCUCUAAUAUGUAAUAAUGUACAUAGCGCUGUGUGGGAAAUAAUCCUCCUUUUGGACGUUUCUUGGCCAACGCAGCCACCGUAUGGUGUUAUAAACUUUGCUUUAAGUGCAUUUGUAUGUUUAUCAUGCUUAAAAUAAAGUGUCAACUUCAGUAUGUU